CUGAUCAGUGGGAGUGGUCCUAAAGUAAAUCUGUGGCCGCCGCCUGGCCACACUAGAACGUUUCUGAAAGUAUACAUGACUGACCGCUUCUCACGCGCUCGUGGAUUAGCCUAUACCCGGCCGUUCUCCAUUGAUAUCUAACCUUUGACCUAUCAAGGCUGGAUUUGUGUGGUCACCCCUCUGGAGCGGAACCACUGUCACCACAGUCACAGCCGUGCUGCCAUUGGACACUGCUCUCACUGCCCAAGCACCUAGACACCGGCCAGUGCUUCUUUGAGACUCCCGCAGAUAUCUGACUUUGAGAUGGAGAGCAGCAACAUGUCGCUUUUACCUCUACUUCUACUGUGCCUUGUCAUCGCCACUUCAGCAUCCCAGCAGACCUGUAAGCCAGUGGCGGUCCCUGAAAACCAGAAUGCCUGGAUCAGGUUGAGUGAGAUGUUUCCAGGUUGCUGGACCAACUACACCACUCACGACGGCAAAGAAGUUCACAUCCUCAGCCUGCACUACACUACUGAGGCUCCCAACAUGUUUACACUGAAUAUGACCGCUGCCCAGCCAAUGCACCUCAUUAUCAUCACAGACUCAGAGCAGAUCAUAUACACUGAGGCCCAUGCUAAUGCAGAUGUCAGCUUUUACGUGGCAAAUGACUCCAAUAUGGAAUUCAGGGGUACAAUUGUGAACGUCCAGAAAAAAGCCUUUCCCACAGACAAUGAAGAUAUAGUGAGGUGGGCCACCGAGAAGUUUGGUGGGGUGACGUCUUUCACCACCAUCCAGAACCCAAUGAGCAUCGCUUCCACAGGGAGAGAGGGAACAAGACUCCUUCCAACUGGCUCCAACAACUGUACUCUUGAAAACGAAUGGCAUGUGCUCAAGCACUAUCUGAAGUUAGAAUCAAACAUGCGUUCGCUCAAAUCCUGUUCGAACCAGCUUCCCCACAGCCACACUGAGAAAGAACUGUACAUCGUCAACAUUCCUGAGGAUGUCAGAAUUCGCCAUGUCUCUGUGCACGUCAUCAGUGAGAGGCAGAUCAGUCUUUUCCUAAGAGGACCUCAGGGUACCAUGUGGAGCAUCCAUGACCCAAAGCACACCAGCUUCAGUUCCAACAACGUGAUCCUGCUUGCUGCCACCAGCAUGAUGCAUGAGAUCCCUCCCACUAUCACCAUCCCCACAGACAGUGCUGAUGCUGUACAGAAGAAGGCCUUGGACCAUUUCAGAGCCAGUACCAUCACCAGCUACUCUGAGAUCCGAACCAAGGGCACCAUGGUCACACUGGUCCUAGGGAAUAAGGACCACACUCCAGUCACAGAGGCUGCACCAACCGAGACAACCCCAUCGCCCCCCAGCCCCCCUCAGAUGCCUCUGCUCAUGCAGCUGUACACCUCUCCAGACUACCGCUCCCCUCUAGACCCCAACACCAAGGUGCAGAGCGACAAGAGGAUCUACGCAGAGAUCUCAGGGCGGACACUGGGGGAGAUUGUCCUGACCAUCAAGGUGAUCAACUGCUCGGUGCGCUCCAAGGGCUCUUGCCCGGUGGUGAGGGACAUGCCCUUCAGGCCAGAGGUAUGCUCCUCCACCGUGUGCCCCAACAGUACCAGGGUUAGCUUCUCCUUAGAGCUGCUCCAAGACCUGGCCUCCACUAGCUGGGACCUGGAGUGCUCCGUCAAACUCUGCUUCAGCGAGAAAUGUGGAGAUGGAGGAAGAGUGAAGAGGAACUUGGAGGUCACCCAGACAUACAUCCCACCACCAAUGGCGUGUAUUGACUUUGGUCUGUCAGCCGUGCUGGGCAUCGCCUUUGGAGGUUUCCUGAUCGGAGUUCUGCUCAUCGGAGCUCUGUGGUUCAUCAAGAUCCGCACAGGAUACCCCACCGGACUGGAUGUAGGAUCGACUACUGCAAACCUCUCGAGAUGUCCUUGCUCUCUGACCAGCAAACGACAACCUGUCUCCAACAACCCCUCCCCCUCUGAGAACAGUAGUGCCAACGCCAGCAUUGGCAGCACUCAGAGCACGCCAACAAGCAGCAUGGCAUGACAUCAUCACCACCGCCAUCUCCCCUCUCCGUCACACUGAGGAGGCUCCAUGCUAUUUGGUCGCUCUUUCACAAUGCUUAAGAAAGCAUUACCUCCCUCUCUUUAGUCACACCACAUCACGCACCCUCUCUCACCAACCUGAGGGGGAUUAGGUCGGGGAGGGGGGGGGGGGGAGGGCAGCUGUAGUCUAGUCCAGGCUCCUAACACCCUCCUCUCCGGCCUCCCAGCAAACGUUCCAGACCGGAAGUCAGAGGGGGUGGGAAAAAAAAGGCCCUGGCUCCCAGCAACAGGAAAAACAAAGCAUAUCCCCAAGAACUAACAGGAAAUUCACUGCAUUCUUUUCAAUGAAUUGUGCCUCUCUGAUGGCGGCACAAUAAGAGUCAGUCAGGGGGGGAAAAAAGACAAAAGAUUGACUUUAAAAACAUUAUUAGAUAAACUGUUUUGGCUCUCAACAUCCACAAUUGUUGUGAUAGGAAAUGUCAAGGCCCCUUUUUCCAGGCAAUUUAGAGAUAGAUUCUUGACUGACAUCUGUUCUUUGACGUUGACUGUAGUUUGAAUUAAAAUUUGUAUUACUGUAAAUGGGUGGCUGGAAGACACCAUGUCAGAUUUAAAGAUUACAGACAGUAAAAAGCUAGAAUAUCCCAUGUUCUCUUCCAACACCAAGGGGAAUCUGUCUUCACGGGAUUUAGGAAAGAUUGGGAAAAGGCUACCUCUUAAUUUAUAUAGAUAUCGGAUUGUUAAGCAUAAGCUUGACAAUGGCUUCUUCUGGUGAGCUAGUGAGAUAAAUAAAAACAAUUUUCUCUUUCAUUCCAUUUCACUUGAGUUACAUCAUAUUGUUUUGCUCAGAGCCAUCUCUUACAUACAAGCAGAAUUUAUAACAAAACAUUUCUUGCAAGUCAAAUGUUGCACAAUGUAUACAAAAGUAUAUGGACACCCUUUCAAAUGAGUGGAUUCGGCCAUUUCAUCCACACCCGUUGCUGACAGGUGUAUAAAAUUGAGCACACAGCCAUGCAAUCUCCAUAGACAAACAUUGGCAGUAGAAUAGCCUGUACUGAAGAGCUCAGUGACUUUCAACAUGGUACCGUCAUAGGAUACCACCUUUCCAACAAGUCAGUUUGUCAAAUUUCUGCCCUAGUCAACUAAGUGCUGUUAUUGUGAAGU